AGGGGGAGGCAGGAGGAGCAGGGAAGACACUGAAGAGACAUGCACCGAAACCUCCACCUUCAGGAGGAAGAUCACUAAGGAGCGCAUCAACCCGCAGGACAUUAAGCUGGAGCUGCUGCAGCUGGACAUGCAGCAGACAGAGUUAGAGAGGAAGGGAGCCGAGGUCGAGCAGAAACUCAGACACUGGGACACCGACUCGGACAACACGUUGGAUAUGAGCGCGCACAGCGACAUCGACGAUGACGACGAGGGAUUGGUCGAGUGGUUUGAGCUGGUCAACACGAAGAACAGGCUGCUACGCCGCGAGAACGAGCUAGUGUACAUGCAGAGGCAGCAGGAGCUAGAGGACAGACAUGAGGAGGUGGAGUUCCAGCUGCGCCGGCUCAUGGAGAAACCGGAGGGCGUUCAGACGGCAGACGACAGGAAGCUGGAGGAAGCUCUCCUCGCGGAACUCGUCGACAUCGUAACGAGUCGCAAUCAGAUCGUUGAGACGAUCGACGCUGACCGCAUCCGUGAGGAGGAGGAGGAUCGCAGCAUCUCCGAGAUGAUGCUGAAGCAAGGUAUGCGUAAGGCAGAGGUGGAAGAGGACACCGGGAAGAAAGGCAAGAAGAAGAAGAAGGAGAAGAAGGACAAGAAGAAGCACAAGCACUGACCUAUAGACUGCCGCCCGUUCUGCACGGACACCGGUACAUAUAGUUUGCAUUUAAACCGUCGCGCGUCUAUGCCUGACGUGACGUGGACGAUAGCGGGGGAGCAGGCGAUUGAUUCGUCAGAGCGGACGUGUACACGUGUUUGAUGACAUCAUCAGAACGCGUGCACGAGGGCGGACGUCAUUCCGCCCACAAGCUCCAGACGUUUCCGCAAGGACAGCUUCCGUCGUCGUGGCAACAGUGGUAUGACAGGUUACAUCGUCGUGGCAACAGUGAUACGACAGCUUAUGUCGUCGUGGCAACAGUGGUACGACAGCUUACAUCUUCGUGGAAGCCAUGGAAUAACUUUUUCCGUCGUCGUGGCAACAGUGGUAUGAGAACUUCCAUCGAUCCGAGAGAUGUUCCGUGCACACGCGCACCGUGCGUGUGACCGGCAGGGGUUGUACAGCACCCCACACCAAGGAGCUAAAUAUAACAAGGAGAGGAAGCGGAUUGGCUGUGUGCUUUUCACCUCAAGGGC